CAAAUUCUGUGUGCUCCACAUUCUCGUACAUAGAUCUAAGUACAUUCUCGUAGAGUCCAUUGUAGCGCUAAAUAAUGGAUUCGGCGCUUCUACAUAGACUCAUUAUCCUUUGCUCGUAAUCAACAAUGCGCUGAGCAUAACCUCAAAUGUCAUCUAUAUCAGCUUCAGCAUCUUCAACGCCUGUCGACUCCCACCCACUUUCUCCCGAUGAGAUCCUUUCAUCUUCACGCUCUCGCAGGAACCGAGUUUCCAAUUAUUCCACCCAAAAUGCACUGCCGACAAACUACUUUACACUGAAAGCCCAGCUGGAGCAGCACCAGUUUGACAAUGAUACCUGGGAUGGUAGUGUGCGGAGGCUGGCCAAAUCUGAUAGGCAGAACUCACUGGACAAUGAGCAUUUUCGGGCCAACCGGCCGUCUUUAGCUUCAACUUUCUAUAGCGAUGAUUUUUCGCCGGAGACAAUCACAGCGCCUCUGAUUAUUGUUGGAUCCGACGACCAGCAUCUACCUGUCAAUGAUAUUGUUGAUCCCACCGGUGCCAGCUUACAGGAACUGGCCAUAGACCCUGUCAUUACUUCUCGAGUUUUGACAACGAAAUGGCACGAAUACUCUGACGAAGCUAUCCAAUCUGCCAUUUCCAGUAUCAGCAUCUCCGAAAGCCCAGCUGAAGUAUCUUCACAUCCUUACCAUUCCGCGCUUCGUGUACUUUCUGCGGCGCUGCAUAAUCUCUCAAAAGCCAGGCUUGAGCUUGAACAGAGCCGGAAAACAUUGAUAGAGAAGGAAAAUGCCAGACGUGCUAAAUCAGAAGAGCUUGCACGAGAGAUGAAGGGUGAAAAGGAGAGAGAAAUUGCUAGACGUGUCGUGAAGGAGAUUUUCGGUAACAAUGAUGUCGAGGAGGGCGAACAACGUUCACGAGUGAGAAAGCAGCAUAGCCAUAUGUCUCUUGCGGAUUCCAUCUCAGAAGCUAUUGAAGAUCAAGUACCUCUUUCUCGUAGUGUGCCGCCAGACCCAAUUUUGACACCUAUUCCUUCAUCGCCAAAUCUCGACGGACACAGCCCAGGCGAUGAUGCAGGUUCUAUUGCAUCUCGGGCCUCACAAACUAAUGUAUCCAAGGAUGACUCAACCGAACCACUCACCAUCAUUCCUGCUCGUACUGCCUCUGCUGCCUCGGACAGAUCGACAAAUACCAUCGGCGACUGGAUGGGUUCAUUAUGGGGUAAACGUGGACCCCGGUCUCGUGUUGUUUCUACAACUGAGGCUUCUCUCAGUAAUAAGCCCACUGCGGAGGACUCUGCUAUUGAAACUCCUGUGCCGAGAUCAGGAGCUCAUCCUCGGCUUCAGCGACGAAAGACAGCUAAGAGCGUGUUUGGUACAUUGGGAAUUUCAAUAUUGAAUCCUGGCUUGACUUCUUCCUCCGCGAAAGAUAAUCUCCCCGAAGUCGAUCGAAGUCCAAUUAAUUACGCUGACGGGGAAAAUACGGCGACGCCCAGUAAUCCACAGACCAGUGUCACUGCCUCUCGCUCUGUCGUAGUUGGAGCAAGGGAUGAAAUCUCUCCAUUAGUAGAUGACAUCAGGAAAACCACCCUCCGGAAAUUUAGCAUUAACUUUCCAAAAUUACCCAAAAUAAUGUAAAUUACCUAGAAUAUGCUAAUUUGGGUGAAUACGCUAAUUAGCCAGGCCCCCCUCCCCAAUUACCAUAAUUUCGACUAAUUCCCGGAGUAUUACGGAGAAAUUAGAGCUAAGUUAUAGGAAACUUUCCCAAAAAAUUCUUCACAUUUUAUGUGUUUGUUUCGUAAUUUGUCAAUCUUUUUCCAACCCAAGCAUGAAGUAAAAAAAAUGAAG